AUGGCCGGAGGAGGCACCUUUGAGGAGGAAGCACCGGAUUACCCUAGUCAUCAUGCACAACCACCGCCGGGCUAUGGCGCAUCCGCAGAGUCCGUAUCCGGCUGUCCUCCGCAAAUCGCUGUUAGAAAACGACACCAGCGGCCCGGAAAAGACGUGAUAACAAAUGGCGAGCAGUCUGUGCACCUGGGCGAGAUGAAUAUCCACAGGGUGCUCGCUUCUUCCGGAUCCACUUCUCACAUACAACCCCAGAAUCACCCUUUAGAUGAGAAUCGUUCCGCUAGCUGCUCAGGGGCGUGGAAUCAGAACAGAUGUGGAGCGCUCAACAACCCACCAAUGCCCCCAAUCUGGGAUGCAGCGGAGACGAAGCUGUCACCAGCGCUGCCUGGUUCCAUUCAGGAUUUGCGAUCGCCGUACUCUCCGAAAACCAGCAUAUCAUCCGCAGGCUUCGAUCAGGAUGAGCCGAACAUUCCCAGUUUUUCUCAGGGCUCUUCUGGUAAUGUACCAGCAGGACGGCCUUAUCUGCCCUCUGAAUACGCAGCUGCUUCUGCUGCUGCUGCUGAAGAGGCUCGCGCAUUAAAGAGCAAGUUUACUGAGCGGUUUGGAUCAGAUCGAUCGAUAAGCCACGCUUUGGUCGACUCACACGAAAGCGACACUAGCAUUCCUGCUCGCAGAAUAAGCAUCGGAUGGAUGUCCGAAGGUCGACGAAUUGGUUACGGAUAUACGCUUGUGUCGCCAGAUAGUUCAAGCGAACCACAGGAACAAACACUCCGCGGACCUGCAGGGUCUGGAAUUUGUAAAUCCAUCAAUAGCCCUAAGGGGACACCCGCUGGCAGCAUCAUGAGCAAGAAUUCUGUAAAGCAGAGGUCGCCUACGGCAAAAGAAGAUAAUCAAGGGCUUCCAAAAACGGACCGGUCGAGUUUUGACAUAUCAUCUAUCCUUCAGAAAUUCAACUUUUCCCGCUGGGCGGCCUCGAGCUUUGCCCUGAAGUCAAGCAAUGAUAGUGACGCAGGAAGCCGUGAUUCAGGCGGCUCUUCUUUGUUUGGAAUUCUCACAAAUAAGAAAAAAGUCCAACAAGAGUCAAACCAAGCAACCGAAAAUCCUUGGGAAUUUUGUUCCUGGGUUCGCCCAAUGCAGACCUCGGGCCAGCAAGGACCUCACCAGGGCAGUGUAGGAUCCUCUGGGCAUGCAGAGGCACAACUGCUGGAGAAGCUAGCAACGCUUCGCCGGCGAGGCGGUGCAUGGGCAACAAGACGAAAGGUUUCGGAGCUUGCCCGUAACCUUGAAAAACGAGCAGACCGCGCGGUAGCGAACAUUGCUGUAUCGAAUCGCGUUCCCGUUGCGCAACGGACUGCGACAAGAGUACUGAGACUGAAAGCGUCCGCUAGCAGAGAACGGCCUCGUGGGGUGCAAAUCAACGGCACUGCAUACUCGGGGUAUCAGUUCGAUGGUCAUCAGAGUCCUCAGGUUAGACCUCCCGUGCGGACAAGCACAGGAAGUUCAGGGGACUGGGAUAGCUUGUACGAAGAGUGUCUCGAGCGGUGCUCGAUUCCUGAGUAA